AUGAAUCUAGGGUGGAAACAAGACGAAGAGAAGUUCGACCCGCUGUUCACCGCCCACGCCAACGAGGACGGCGACGCGCUGGGGUUACCGCCGCCCCACGCGCCCCAGGCGCCGGGCGCCGGCGGCGACCGUGACGGCGUCGCCCUCGCGCACGGGCGCAUCCAAGACAGAGGCCCUCCCCCUCAGCCUCAGCAGCCGUACAUUGCCAGCCAUGUGGUGAUGCCGUCGGCGGCGGCGCCCCAGCCGCUCCCGCUGGCGGCCCAACUGGCAGCAGUGGUGGCGACGGAGGCCCAGGCGCUGGCGUCGCCGGCGCCGCUGCGCCAGUACCCGCGCCAAGUGCUGACGACGAAGCGGGCGGCGCAAAACCGCAACGCUCAGCGGGCGUUCAGACAGCGCAAGGAGAAGUACAUUAAGGAGCUCGAGGCCAAAGCGGCGGAGACCGACGUGUUGAAACAAACGAUCGAGGAGCUCAAGGCGGAGAACAUGCAGUUGCGCGACUACACCCUCCAGCUCCAGCUGCGGGUGAUUGAGUUGGGGCUGGCGCCGUCGCUCGGCCAGAAUGCCGUCGGCGCUAGCGAGGCGCAGGCGGGGAUGCCGCCGCCGCCGCCGCCGCUGAUCUUCAACCAGCGGUUGCCGGAUAAAUAA